AUGUCUGAAUAUAGUAAAAAACGUAGAGCCGAAGACAAUUACGAAAGUAAAAAGCGUAAGGUAGAAAGUGAUACUUCAGGGGACGAAUAUGAAGUAGAGGCAAUAGAAAAACAUAAGUGCGUAGAUGGUAAAUACUUUUACUAUGUCAAAUGGAAAGGUUAUGAUGAAAGAACUUGGGAACCAACUUCAAACUUGAAUAAUUGUUCGGAAAAAUUACAAGAGUAUAAGUUAUUUAUUAGAGGACAACGUCAAGAACAGAAUAAAACUAAGAAAGGCGAGCAUGAUGAUGAUGCAUCAGCGACGACUAAAUCCAAUAAUCAGAGGGUAGUUUCCAAAAAAGAUGCAAAAACGAUUAAUUAUAAAAAGUUUUCUAAUGGUUCAAAAUACAGUCUUCCCAUCGCUUUUAAAAUUUCAAAAGGAGAUGCGGCGAAUAAUGGCCAGAUUAAUAAUACAUACAAUAAGAAAAAUGAUUCAAAGGAUAAUGGCCUUGCGGAUUUUACAAAUUCGGUUGCAAUGCCGUUAGAAGUAAGGUUGCCUCCAUUUGGACCUGGCGAUCAAUCAAUUAAUUCUACCAAUAAACCACCAAAAUGGUAUGGAGUUAUAUGUAGGAAAAGAAAUGAAGAAGAAAUGAAUAUAGGAAAGGUACAAAUUACAAAUUAUACUGGGGAUUCAUUGGAAAAUUUUCCUUAUUCGAAGCAAUCCAAAUUAGUUAUCAAUCGAUUUAUAUCUAAUAAUGAUUUAGAAGGGUUUCUUAAGGAUUCCUUCAAAAAAUUCCAUGUAUACCUCGUGACUGUUUCAACUUCCUUAAAAGAUGAAAUAUCAGAGUUAGACAGACUUCAAUCUUUUCUAUUAAAAAAGCUCAAGGUUGGAGUAAUAAAUACGGAAAGUUUGAACCUUUAUUUAUUACCAACUUCAGAAACAUCUAGUGAGCUUCUUGAUGUAGAAAAGCCAAGUAACGUUAAUGAUCUUUACUUUAUACUUCAAUUACAUAAGGACGAAGUAUCUAAUUAUUUGAAGUCGCAGUCUUCGUCAAUAAAAAAGUACAAAUCGACUAAAUCUACUAAACAGUUGACAUCUCAUGAAGCGCAACAGAGUAAUUUACCACCAAGUUCGACAUCACCACGUCAACCUAAUCAAAAAAGUUUCAAUUCAAAUCUUGAGAUUUCUAGUAAUUUGGAUUUACAAUCUCCAACAAAAAAACACAGUAUGCCUUCAUCAUCAUCAUCACGCCCAAUGCAGUCAAGUGUUCAACUAAAUAAGGAAAUUUCUAAUAACUUGGAUAUACAACUUCCAUCACCUAAAAGACACAAGAGUUCUGCCGGCAAAGAGCUGUAUAAAGUUCAACAAAAGAACAUGUUACCAACUAUACAAUCAUUACGCCCAACGCAUUAUUUGCCUAAAGAGAUACCUAAAACCAUUGUUGUGGACGAGCCUGUGAACUUCUCGAUUAAUUUGAAUGAAUUUGAUGGUCAGAACUUUACUGUUAUUGGAUUAACGUAUGUUGAAAAUCAAAAAGUUAUUACGCACUUAAAAAAGAUGGGUAAAAAUGAAGUGCAUGCUCAGGACCCUUGUAUGGAUUGUAUAAUUUUUCAUCAAAAUGAGCUCGCACGGGGAAUUUAUUUUAAAAAUAACACAGUUUACAAAUACAACCAGAUUAAAUUUUUCUUGAUCUUCAAUGAAAAUACUACAUUAACACUUCGAGAGAUAUUUAAGACGGGUGGGGUUAUUCUAUUAACUUCGGUAGCUAUCAAGAUUCAUGAAAAUAAGUCAUUAGAUGAUUAUGAUAUGGAUUCAGAUAGAAUUACUUUUCGUUCAAUGGAGUGUUUAAUAAAAUAA